AUGAAUUUAUACGCAAACACUAUUUACAAACCAAAUUCAAUCCGGGUUCUUUUCCAAUUGAACACUGAAGUCGAUAAUGCAUUGAAUUUAUUGAAAGAGACCAUUCCGACCAUCUCUUCAGAAGAAGUUUCAUUUUGGUACGAGAGAUUCAACAAAGGGGAUUUCGACAUUUCUCAAGAUUUAUAUAAACGAAAAGAGACGCCCACAUUGAACAUGCUACCAGUAAUGCUAAAAAGGAAAAUUACCGACCAAGUCAACAUUAGAGACCAAGAUGCUCUCGUUCGAGUUAACAAAGGGUUCCGGACGUAUUUAACUGCUGAUCGGAGAGUGUUUAGUUUGGUUAAAAUUCGUCUGAACGAGAACGAAGCUGUUUUACGUAAAGUUUACAAAGACAAUAAAGAAGAGAAAAUCAUCAUAACCAAGAGUGAUGAAGGAUGUAUUGUUGAUGAAAACGGAGAAACGACUACCUAUGAGAAUUCAUAUGUUGAACAAGUUCUGAUCGAAUUCCGAAAAACUAUAAAAAAAUGCGGCACAAAAAUAGCCCACAUGAAAGUAAAGUUCAAGAGCGAAGUGCAAGGAGACAACACAGAGGGCAUUUUUCUCAAAGGAAUUAGUGACGUUUUCUCGGAAUUGAAAAAACCUCUACAUGUGGAAAACUUCUAUCUAUACACUAAUGAAGCAACUAAAGUGAAUUCAAUUCUGGGAAACAUCGAAGUUGGGGCUCUGAACAAGUUAAGGUGCAAAGUAACUGAUCCUCACACGAUUGACAUGCAAGCUUUUACCAAUUUGGCCCCCCAUGUGCCGUUUUUGAGACUGUUGCUGAUGCCGUUACUCUCUUUCGAAAACGUUCCUCUCUCGAACUUUGCGCAUAUUCCUUUUGUUCUUCUCAAAGCUGUGAUUUCUCAACAGGAACUCUCCGAUUACAAAAAUACAUUGAUCAACUCUUCAAUUGAGCCAGAUCAUACUUUUUUUACAACUCUGAGUAGAGAAGAAAUCAAAGAAGCUCUUCGUCCUUACGAAACAAUCAGUUCUGAUAUGGAUAAGUUUAAAGGUAGCUUCCGUCAUGCCCUUCUAGAUAAAAAAAUCAAGUUCGUCAUCACUCGAUACUCAGUAUCACUGACCUCUAAGUGA